CUGCACUUCACGAUUACUCGUUUUCCUUGUACGCUCUCUGUCCAGUCGACCCGUCAAUGCAUGCGCGAGGGAACCUCAAACGGUUUUUGUAUCGAUCCCCAAGCAAGCUAGCCCACCGUCGCGUCAUACCGCAGAUGUGUCUGUCAACUGCGUCAGUCGAGACAAGCUGCUAGUGAGGCAUGCACCCCUGGAUGCUUAACGGAAGCUCACACGGAUGUGUUCGCGGACAAUGUCGCACUAUCACCGUCUUCCCUCUUCUUAUAAGGAGUCGAGAACUCGGGGGAUGGCAGAGUAUACACGCACCACCUAUACAUGUGGCAAUGGUGAACGCAUUACAGAAGAUGAUUCCUUUCCUUAUCGUCCUUCUCUCGCUCGGUGGCUUCGUAGUCAGCGCGAUGGAACUAGCAGCGCGCGACAGCUCUGCUAUCGAUUUCAAGAACUCCAAGUGGAUCUGGACUCCUCCUACGACCAAUCUCAACGCUGCCCUCCGCAAG